CUCUAAGCAUCUUUGGAGGUGCUAGUGAUCCAAUACUGCUAAAUUCUUCACCCAGUGCAUCUAAGAUCUGAUUCCUAAGGACGUCUAUUACAGUUUGUAAAGAGCUCUCUCUGGUUCCUCCCUACAACAUUACAGGUAUCCGGACACUGCAGACCUUACCUCUAGACUAGCAGUGUGGAAAACAGUAUUUGCUGGGAAAUAUGCCCAGGACCAAAAAGAAAAAGACCCCUCUCUCCCCUCAUGGCCCUCCAACAUUCUCCUCUCGGUUGGGAUGGGGCAUAACUUUCUACUACCCCAGACUGAGAGACAAGGAGGCCUGUUCCCCCGUCUCCUGUGUGCCACCUGUCUUCAACUUCAGCCCGAAGCACUGUGCGCACCUCAAGAACCAGUAUCUGAAAAAGGCUGCCGCUAACCUGACCUUCUCUCUGGAGGUGGGGUUGCAGCGGGGGUUGCCCAGCAUGUCUUACAGUCAAUACAACUUUAACCACGUCUACAACACCGAUAACAUCAUCCAGCCUCGCCAGGUCAGGGUCAGGACAGUCCUACCUGAGAAACCUGUCCAGUACAAGUUCCUGUAUCCCGAGGGUGCCUUAGCAGAGGACACGUCCCAGUCUAUAAAGACAGAAAGCCCCGCCAGUGCUAAAAAGAAACUCCAGCCAUCGAAGCCAGUAAGUGUGCGCAGGGAAGCCUUGCACUCUCGUGUCCGUCAUCCCCGCAGGAUUUCAGAUCCACUGGACCUGCCACGGUCUCCAGAUGUGAAUCUGCAAGAAAGGGAAGCCUGGCUUCUGCCUCGUGAGAGAGAGGUCAGAGCCUGGGAGGCCAUUGUGCUGGGAAAGCUGAACAAGCGCACCGCGCGAUGGAUCCAGAGCAAGUUUCCUCAGAGACCCGCACCUGGCGCAGUGCCCAACAAGUGGCAAAGCUUCUUGCACCAGCAGUAUGACUGGAGCCACAUCCGGGAUGAACUCUCCUCUGCCAGCGACCUGGAGCUCCUCAAACAGCUGGAGGCCGAAGAGACUGCAGAAUUGGAGGAUGAAACUAUCACCCUGCACUCUGAGGAAACAAAGAAGCCCGAUCUGCUGCUUCCUGUUUACUACAGAUUACCAGGUUACUCUCCACAAGAAGAGACAACUGAAGCCAUGCCUGACAAUAUGACAGCUAAGGAUCUCAAGGAAAUUAAAAGACCCAUAGAGCCAGUAGAGGAGAGCUCCUUUCGACAAGUGAAUCCUAAAGCUGGAGAGUUUGCUUACUCUACAGACAAUGUCUUUGAGCAGGAGAUUUACUUUGAUGAAGUCAAGAUUGUCCACCAGAUUGGUGGAAGGAAGGACCAGAUUCUUCUGGAAAAUGCCCAUAAGUACAGCAAGCAGCUAUCCAAGAUCUUUCCUGAAACUCCAGAAAAGUGGAGUUCCCAGCCUGUUCCUGAAGCACCUUUUAGGCCUAUGAGAGGAGCCCAGCGUUGGAUUGCUUUGCCUACCCUAAUCAAGGAUCAGACGAUGCAAUUAGGUGAGGAAGAUACGUCCAUCAAGACUAGGAGACUGAAGAAGCAAGUGACUCCACUGAAGGAAGAAGUGACUUGGGAACUGGUGGUCCUACGGAAGAUGCUACAGGAGUGGAAGAAAGCCUGGGAAUUCAUUAUUGAGUGGCACCAUGAGACAGUGGAGAGCCUAAGGCAGAGCUUGGUAAACAUGUAUGAUGACAUUCGUAUACAAGCCAUCGUUACAUGCGCCACAGCUGCUUUGGAAAGGCCAAGGACUACUAUCACACAAAGUGAUUCAGGUGAGAUUAUCAAGGACUUGCCAGAUGCUCUACAGCCUGCCCUGGAAGCUGCUCUUUAUGACAAGAAUUCCAAUGUGAGGAUGGCAGCAGCAUUAUGUCAGUAUGCAAUACAGACACAUAAUCCACGUGCCCAGGACAUCAUGCAGGAUGUCCUUGUGCAGGGUAAUAGUGUGGAUAGCUGGGCUGCAGCUCAGUGCUUGGCUCUGGAAGGUGUUGCAACUUACCCAGUGAUCAAGAGGAUCCUCCAAGAGCUGUUUAACAAGCGGAAUGAGGAAACCGAAAACCAGGCUUGUAUUCUACUAAGCCAUCUCAGUAGAAAAACGACCCUGAUACACACCAUGCUUGCGGUAGAGCUGAACAGCAGUCAAUGGAAGGACCGAAUCGUUGCCUGCAGAGCUUUUGCCAGGAUCAGUGGCAACGUUUGCUUAGAUAUGAAACAUAAAUUGAUCCAGCUGAUGUGGAAUGACUGGAGUAAGGAAGUGAGGCAAGCAGCUGCUCAAGCCCUAGGACAAAUGAGCCUUGGGAAAGAGGUGCAUGACACAAUCAGGGUUAAGCUGGGUCAAGGAAAUUCCCAGGAGCGUGUAGAGGCCCUUUCCCUGAUAGGCGGACUCAAGCUUAUGACUGCAAAACUUCUCCCAAGCUUCCUACAUUGCUUCUCUGAUGACUUCAUAGCAGUUCGGCAGGCAGCCUGUUUAGCAGCAGGUGCCCUGAAGAUCCAGAAUAAGUUGGUACUCGAAUGCCUCCUGAAACUGAUGCACAGAGAUCCGUACUGGAAAAUCAAGGCUUUUGCCAUUCGAGCCUUGGGACAGAUUGGACAAGUGAGUCCCCAGCUGACAGAUCUCCUGCUCUGGGCUAUCCACUAUGAAGACGCACCAGGAGUACGACUGGAAGCGUGUCGUAGCAUUCAAGCCCUCAAACUUCAGGGGGACCAAGUCAGGGAUACCUUCCUACAUGUACUGCUCCUGGAGAACCAUGAGGCUGUUCUCAAGGAAGUUUAUCGGGCAAUGACAACACUCAACAUAGAUAAAGAAGGUCAUCAAGAACUGCUUCAGGAAAUCAAGAACAAGAUUCAAGCGCUAAACCAAAAGGACUUGCUGAACCAGAAAAUACUCAAAAUGGAGAUGGUCGUAGGAAAAAUGAAGGAAGAAGCAAAACGUAUUUACUCACAUCCCAAAGAAGGGAAAAAAACAUUAGAUUUCCCUACUUUUCUCCAAGAUACUUUUAAAGAUGAAAUGAUUCUUUCUAGAAGACCAUCUGAGAUCUGUAACACUGAAGCAGUCAUAAAGCCUGUGUUGCCCCCAACACCAAAUCCCUGGCUACGAAGUCCAGUGGUAGCCCUUAACAUGCGAAGAAGUCGGCCACCAUUAGAUCUCCGUACCAUCCGGGAAAAAAGGAUUGCUAUGGGACCUUUUGGGGCUCCCAGUGAGGAGUUGUAGCUGGGUAAUACUCAGACUUUUUUCCAGACUCAAGACUUCUCCCUUUGGAAGGAAAGAUGCUCAUGGAUAGACUGAAUGCUUCUCUUGCUCCACGAAGCAGGCAG